UAAAGAAAAAUAAGAUAUUACAAUAAAUUAAGUAUUCAACGAAUGUAGAACAUUGAUUAUAUAUGAUGGUAAAUUAAAGUGUUAAGAAGUUUUGGAGUUGUGUUUUUUUUUUUGACAAAUUUUGAUAACGUAACUUAAUUUUAAAAGAUAUGAAAAAGUUAAAAUUUUAUGUGAUGUCCAACUAUAUCAAUUAUAGCUAGUAUAUUUUUCAAUUUUUAUUUAAGAUCACUGUGAACGAGUGUAUGAAUACCAUUAAACAUAAGCCUGGAUUGCAACUUCAGUAUUUGUUGCAAGGUGGCUCAUAUCGGAACACCAAACUACACGAAAUAACCAUGAUAGGGGCAAUGCCUGCUGUAGCUGUACGUCAUGAACGACGACGGCAAGAAAAAAAAGUUAUUUGUGUUAAUAGUGUGGGUGAUCGAGAAAGUUCUUUAAACACAACAGGUAAUAGAAGACCUAGUCUUUUAACUCUGCAAUCGCCACAUUCACAAAUUGGAACACCUAUUACAUCCCCACCAUAUGUUCAAAAUACACUGCCAGAUAUAUAUGUCUGUUCAAAGAUAUCAGUUCUACAUAUAGCUGUUAUCACUAUACUAAUCGGGGCAAUACUUCUGAUUGUUGGCCUUGUUCAAUUGAAGCCAGGAGCAGAUGCCUCACAAUAUAAAUUUCUGUUGAUAUUUUCUGGCUUAAUUACUACAUUUAUUGGAAUUUUAAUGGCAAUUGUAAGGUGCUGCUUGCUUCCUUGGGUAAUUAAUCGACGUCAAAGACGUUCAACUCCAUCUACGCCAGGAUUACCUUUAACUGCAUAAUAAUUAAUAAAAUAUUAACUGCAUUUGUAUAUUACUAGCAUACUAUCAUGCUCAAAAUAUUUAUAUAAUUUUAAUAAAUUGUUAUUUUGUUUAAUUCGAAUUGGGUUAUAUUGAAAUAGUUAUUAUUUUUUUAAAUUUAUUUAAAGUUUCUUAUUUUUCUUUUCAAAUUUUGUUUACUUAAAACUUUACUGUUAUUCAAUAAUUUAUUGAAAAAAUUUAUGUUUUAAUAGAAAAAAUGUAACAACAAAAACUACAUGAUUUUAUUCGUUCAACUCAAAAAAUAAAAUAUAUCAUCAAUUGUACAAUUUUAUUAUUAUUAAAUACUUAUAAUUCUUUAUGAUUUUAAAAUUUCUAAUUUGAACCAUAUCAAAUUUUAUAGUUAAAUUUUAAUAGAUCAAAAAACAUUCUAGACUUAUACUUUCAUAUUUUCUCUAUAAUUUAAUAUUUUUGUUCUCUUGAGCAUUUAUAAUUUUAUUGAGAUUCUCAUUUAUUUAUAGUUUUUUUUUUACCAAAUUAGUUAAAUAUAACCACUAAACAUUCAGUAAAUUUUUUUUUUCAUUAAAAUGCCUUUUUUUAAUAAUUUUGAUUAUUCAUGGGACCAACAAUAAUGUGCUUUAGUAAUUUUUUCUGAUGCACUCAAUUGCACUUAUACAAUUAUAAUUAUUAUUAUUUACGUAUACAUAUCUUAAAAUAUAUAAUUAUAUAAUAUAUUAUUUAUUUUACAUAAUAAGUAUAAAAAUGAACGAAUCUAUUAAAAACAUCUCCUAUUAUUUUGAAGUCUUCCAUUAUUUAUCCCGUGCUUUAUUAUUAUUAUUUUUUCAUGACUGACCUCAUGAUAAUAACAACCAAGUAUUAUUUUGCUCAAUUUAAAAUUUUUUUUGUAAUUAAUCUUUUUAUUACUUUUAUUUUUUAAUUGUGAUAAAUAAAACAUAUUUAAAGAAUUUAAAAUAUUUUUACCUAAAAUUAUUGCAGUUAAAUACUUGUGUUUAAAGAAUUUAAUUUAAAAAUGAAUAAGAGUAUUUGCUUUGAUAAUAUUCUCAAUUCAUUAUUUUUAUUUUACUAUUAUAAUAAUUCAGAAAUCUCCAAUUUAUUUUAUACACUUAACUCUAAAUAAUUUGAAGAAAUCUUAAUUUUUUUUUAUCAUUUUCCUCACCUUAAUACCAACUACUUGGGGUUAGCCUAAUUUGUAGAAAUCUAAAUGAUACUUCUAAAUAAUUUUUUUAGUAUUAAUGAAGAAUAUUCAUUGUAGAAUUUAUAAAAAAAACUUGUUGCCAAAACUUGAAAAAUAAGAUAUGAUAAAUUAUAAUUAACAGACACUAUUUUAUCAUAUUAAUUAUGUUUAAAAAUAGAAACCUAAAUUUUUAGUUGAUAAAAUUAAUUUCUAAUCAACCUUGUUUAUUUUGAUUGUACAUUAUAAAUCAGAAUUUAAAAAAUAAAAAUAAAUUUUUUCUUUUUCAUUUUUUAAUAGUGAUAAGUAAGUAUUGUAACUGUUAAUUUGGUUGUUGCAUUUUUAUACAAUUAUGUUAUGUAUCUAUUUUACUGUACAUUGCCUCUGGGCUUAAGUAAAUAAAUAAUUUACAAUUUAAUUUAUUUUUAAAUUUAUAAAAUAAUUUAUUUACAAUUUUAGUACAACUGUUACUAAAGAAAAUAGUGUAAGUUACCUUCCAUAAAGUUUUUACCAUGAAAAUUAUUGUGAUAAUGUUAUAAACUUAUUCUUAAAAAUAUAUCUAGUAUUAAUUUAAAAUACUUCUACAACCAAUUAUAAAAUAUUCUAUAAGAUUAUAAAUAUUAUAAGUACACUAAUGUGACCAAUAUGUUUAGCCAAAUUGAAUUGAUAAAUCAUAAAAAUUACCUUAAGUUUUAUUUAAUUAUUAAAUAAUGAGAUUGUGUAUAAUGCUAGCUUAAUAAUUAAAUAUUACACUUGUUGCUAUAAAGACACAAUAUCAAUCAAAUUUAUGUUAGCUUUUAUAUUAUAAUUUUAAAAAUGCUGAAGAGAUGAUCUAUUCUAUUUUGAUACUUGAAUAUUUUUCUACUUAAUUACAUUAUAAUUCAAUAAGUUGUAAGAAGUAUCAACUCUGCUAUUACCUUACAUUAUUUAACAUACAUUAAGUAAAUUCAUUAGAUAAAAUUGUUUUAAAACUUUAGUGAUGAUUUGCACAUAGUAUGUAUAUUACUUUUUUUACUGUGUAGGGUUUGUUUUUUGUACAAGUUGUUUCUUUAUUUAUUAUUUUACUUAUGUACCUGUGAAACAGAUUUAAUUAAUAACUUUUUUUAACUUUUGAUAAAAUUGUCAUUUCUUUGUAAUUUUUUUAUUUAAAUUGUUGUAUAUAAUUACUAAGGUAAAUUUUUUCACGA